AUGGCUCUCUCUUCUUCUUUCUUUUCUCAUUCCAAGAUUGACCACAUAGGGAAGAAAACAGUAUGGAAUGGUGCUGAGCUUUGUAACAAACUCAUUGUGAGAAAUAGAAUCAACAACUUAAUCAAAGAUUGGAGUUUCAUAAGAGGAUCAAGAGUUCUUGUGAAACAAAAAGUUAUGAGAUUGUCAUCUUAUAGAAAACCAAGUCCAGUAUAUACUUCAUUGUUAUCUGGAUCACAAAUUGCUAGCACUGCCUUUACAAUAGGAACAACAUCAGUCCUUCCAUUUUACACUCUCAUGGUUCUUGCUCCAAAUUCUGACCUAACAAAAAAAUCUAUGCAAAGUAAUGUCCCAUAUGCAAUACUUGGUAUUUUAUAUGCAUAUUUAUUGUAUCUUUCAUGGACUCCUGAGACAGUUGAACUGAUUUUUGCAAGUAAAUACUUACUACCAGAGCUAACUAGUAUAGGAAAAAUGUUCUCUAGUGAGAUGACUUUAGCCUCUGCCUGGAUUCACCUUCUUGUUAUUGAUCUCUUUGCUGCAAGGCAGGUAUUUCUAGAUGGACAAGAGAAUGAGAUUGAGACAAGGCAUUCAGUUUCUCUUUGCUUGUUCUUUUGCCCUAUUGGGAUUCUUUCUCAUGUCAUAACCAAAGCAAUGACUAGAACUAUCAAAGAAAACAAACAGGAUUUUUAG